GUGGCUGUCACUGUGACGCGUGCGUGCUGUGCGUGUUAGAUGCCAGUGUGUGCAUGCAGGAGUGGCGUCCACCACAUUUCGUCAUCUGUUGAUGCUCGUUAAAGAAAGCUGGGAGGUUACGUUCGGAACCAGCGGUCAGCGAUCGGUGUGCACCAGAAGGUCUUAUGUUUUUCUCCUUUGGCUGAGUUUCGUUCGUUCAGACUGUACUGGUUUCGUUGGAUUUGUUUUGUUUAUUUGUUGGUUGAAGUUUCGUCAAUGUGUUAGUUAAUGUGGGUUGUGCAGCAAAUGGCAGUGGUGAAAUCAAUGUGGCUAAAACAUGGCUGAGGAGCUACUGGUUACAUUAAACCGGAGCGACACGUCUGGAUUUGGUUUUUCGUUGCUCGGGUCAGCCGGUCUUCCACACAUCGUUUAUGACAUCGUUGAGAAUUCGCCGGCGGCUGAAAGCGGCAAGGUUGAAGCUGGUGAUGUUAUUCUCAGGGUGAAUGAAGUUGACGUAAACAGAUUAAGUACAAAAGAAGAUCCUGCCAUAAAAGCCCGAGUUCGCCGGCUUCUCUCACCCGGGCAUCCAGCCUGCGAGGAGUUCGACGCAUCCCGGACCACCUCUGACACAAAUUCUCAGGAAAAGUCUUCCAGCAACCACGAAGGCAAGGACCACCUUAAACCAGGAACACCGGAACUAGCAGUGAGCCAGCCGCAGGCGCAUACCGGCCCAUAUUAUGCAACUCGCACAAACGGGUCAUACAGUGAUGCCUCGUGUUCCUCGGAGCUCGAAGCUCUUCUUCCACAGGUUGAUAGCUUCAAAGAGGAGGAACGUGCCCAGUGGGAGCCACUAUCCGCUGAUAAAUUCAACCGCCAGAAAAAUCCCCCCAGGUUUGAGGCCUACAUGAUGACUGGCGAUUUGAUGUUGAACCUAUCGAGGACGCAGCAAAGUACCGGACUCCUUCCGAAAUAUCAGAAAAAAGUGGAUUCUUUGAGGUACAACAAUCACCACAUACACCAUCAUCACAAUCACCAUAAUCACCAACAUCAUAACUCGGUACCUACGAGUCCCAACGAAAUGCUGAGCCACCGAAUGCACAGGGGUGGGGCUGGCUCAAAUUCUGCCAGCACCUCGCCCGUCGGUAUUAACAUCAGGCGCGAGUGCGGACAAGGUGCCGGUAGCGAUAGCAAAUCCAACUCGAACUUCGGCUACUCUAGCAGCUUCGUGCGGACAUCCAGGUCCGAGGAUCACCUGCAAUUCCAGAAGGAUCCGUCAAUGAGCGCCGUGGACAUUGACAUUGACGACGAUGUUACGUCAAGUCUUAACACGCUCCUAGACACCCGACCUGACAGUGGUCAAGGGAUAUCGAGCGAACGAAUCGUCUGGACUUACAACGCACCUGUUAGUUCACCUUCCGCCUCUGAGCGGACUUCCUGCUGCCAAAAUGGUAGCUCUUCACAGUCUUCGAGUAGCUCUCGUUCCUCGACUGAAGGAACCAGUCCUCAGCGUUCCUUGUCCCCCGCCUCUCCAACCUCUGUAUCUUCUUCCGUUAUGUCCUCGAAUUCUGGCUCCCGCAGGUUUCCUCUACCAACGGCUACCACUGGCGCAUCUUCCGGCCCAGUGGGCGAUGGGACACCCACGGGUAGUGGAGUCGGGAGCAUCUCAGGAGCAGGUGGAUACUUUCAUCCGACAAAUGGUGACCUCAGUCAGUCUGAGGCCAUUAGCAACAUGUCCAGCCCCGAUUAUAAUGACGAAGAAACAAUGGACAUACUUAGUGCGCGUGAUAUUAUGAUGGUUAGUGACCCUAGUGACAGUGAUUCCACAAUAUUAGCGAGUGAACCUCCUCAGAGGAGACUCCAAAACCCCGGUUAUGGAACUAACCAAGACAGUACUGAGCAUAGGAUAGUUAUUCAAGUUAAGGGACCCGAUAAAGAAAUCACUGGUAGUAGAAACAACAGCCUUCGCCAAUCCCGCCGACGAGGGAAUACUGCGACAUCGAAUGCGUCAGAGCUCAUACCUCCUUCGCAGAAUACCCAACGGUUUCAGUCAACGGUCAGCUCUGGAAAUGUCACACCGGAGUUUGUCGGUUAUCAGGAACUGAAAGAGAGCGAGGAUGAGAAAGAGGUACCAACCGUGGGCGAUUACGAGGAGCAACAGCACAUUGUCAAAGGCUCAUCACCACCACAGUCUGCGGAUGAAGAAAGUGACAUUGAAAGUUUGCAUAGCUUCCAUUAUAGUCCGAAAGCUGUUGAUCUCCCAUCAGCAAUAAGACUAGCAAAACGAUUGUAUUCACUUGAUGGAUUCAAAAAGUCUGACGUCUCCAGACACCUUAGUAAAAAUAAUGACUUUAGUCGAGCUGUGGCUGAGGAAUAUUUGAGGUAUUUUAAUUUUGAGCAAGACACGCUGGACGUGGCUCUCAGAAAGUUCCUUGCCCAAUUUUCGUUGACUGGUGAAACCCAAGAGAGAGAACGAGUCCUUGUACAUUUCUCAAAAAGGUUUCUCGACUGUAAUCCGGGUACAUUUAAUUCUCAAGAUGCUGUACAUACAUUGACUUGUGCUAUAAUGUUGCUCAAUACUGACCUGCAUGGUCAAAAUAUUGGUCGUAAGAUGUCAUGUUCGGAAUUUAUUGAAAAUUUAUCCGAGCUAAAUGACGGAGACAACUUCCCUAGAGAGGUGCUCAAACAACUUUACAAUGCUAUAAAGUCAUUUCCUCUGGAAUGGGCACUAGACGAUGAAGGAGACGAUGCUGCAUCCCAAGUCAUGCAACAGGGAGAUGGACCAGCAUUAUCCGGAACUGGUAACCCUUUUUUAGAUGUCCCAAACGUAACUGGUGCUACAGAAUUCAAGAAAGGCUAUGUAAUGAGAAAGUGUUGUUAUGAUGCAAAUGGAAAGAAAACACCAUUUGGGAAGCGAGGUUGGAAAAUGUACUACUGUACAUUAAGAGAACUGGUCUUAUACCUACAUAAAGACGAGCAUAGUUUUCGCAGCGAUAGCUUACAUAAUGCUAUAAGAAUUCAUCACGCACUAGCAACAAAAGCCGCUGACUAUACAAAAAAGCAGCAUGUCUUUAGACUGCAAACUGCUGAUCAAGCUGAGUACCUCUUUCAAACUAGUGAUUCUAAAGAACUGCAGUCUUGGAUCGACACGAUCAACUUUGUAUGCGCCAGUUUUUCUUGUCAACCACUCGCAGGAGCUGUUGGAUCUCAGCGUAAAUUUCAAAGGCCUCUGCUUCCAUGCAGUCACACAAAACUGUCUCCUAGAGAACAGUUGCGAGACCACGAAGAAAUUGUCAGUCGACUGGAAGCAGAGCUCGAUGAACACAGAAGACAUCCGCCAGAACGAAAUUCAAAGGCUUUAACUGUACAAAACUACAAAGAAAAAGAUGUAUAUUUACAUUACGAGUUGAAGAGGUAUAAGACCUAUGCAUAUUUGCUGAGAUCACGGUUGGCCUUUACGGAUGUGGAACCUUCACUGGUUGAAAGCAGUAUCGGUGAGGUUGACGAAGGGACUGGAAACUUGGCUAAUACUGACGUAGCACUAGUACCACCGCCUGUUCCGGAUCGACUACCUACAAAUAGGUUCUGCGGGGCGUGGUGCUGCUUAUGGGGAAGGACUCAAGUGCCCCUAAGUCGCCUUGCCUGAAGAGCAGUCAAACCUUUUUGAGGAACUCUGGUGAAAAUCUUCAUUGAAAAUUUUUCUACACAACUCUUCAGAAUACCUCUGCAGAAGACUGUAAAUUACUGAGUUUCUCUCGUAACCUCUACGUUUUUAUUCCAAAUCUUGCAAUUGCUUGGUAUUUCUGAACAUCGUUCGAUUUUACUGUCACAUUUUUAAGAGAAACUCUGAAUUUUCUUACAUUUUAUUUGGUACUUCUCUCGAAUUCUGACCUUUACAUUUUUAUGUUAUUUGACUACAGAAUCCUACAUUGCAAAUCAAAAAUAGCAAUUCUCUAAUCUACUAUCUGGAUCAUUACUCAUUACUUUCAACUUCUUUUUUAUCCGGUGUUAACUUUGUCUGUAUAAAUAUCAAUUAGUUCAAUCAGCACAUAUAAACCGAAAUAAAUUGAAUCUGUGACAUUGUAGUUAGUAACGUUAGUGUAACUUAAGUGUAAAAAAAAUUGCAGAAUAAAUCACUGUCUUGCAACUACUAGAUGAUUCUAAUUGUAAUAGAGUAAAAUGGACAAAAUAUGCACACAUUUAUUGUAUUAUUACGGUUUACUGAAUUCAAAAACAUUCUAAGUAAGAAAAUAAUGACUUUUUCUAAAAAAAAAAUGCAUCGUAACAUUAAACGUUACUAACUUCAACUUCAUUCUAAUGAUACACAACACUGCUUACAUGCUUGAAACUUGUAAAAAAUGUCCUCAGAAAUAAUUAUUUGAAAAAGAAAAACCAAAUGAGAAUCCAGGGAAAAUUAUAAUCAUCUCGAGAUAAUUGACGUGCGCAAAAACUAGAUACAGAGAAAACAAGUGUGCUGACAAAAUUCAAAAUACCAUGUAGAUUUGGAGAAAUUUCUGUAGAAGAAACUUGCGGCAACAAGCAAGAAAUGUUUUCACAAAACUCUAUAGUUCUAUAAAAAGGUAAAAAUUUCCGAGUGACUAUCCUACAUAACUUUACCAUGAAAGACUGCAGACUUUCAACAAUCAGAAAGCUCAGAAACAGUCUUGUGUCCGUGGAGUAUGAAUCUUUUAUAAAUCCUCAAGUCACGUGCAAGUUUAAAAACUGCCCGUUAGAUGCCAAAAUAAUUACCUUUCUGUUCCUUAUCGAUAAUUGUCUACGUCAUCUGAAUAUUUGUCAUUUCAUUUACAUAUACGUUCCUUAUGAAAUUCUCAUUUUAAAAGUGUUACAGAAUACGAUGCAAAAACACUGCUAAUACUUUUCAAAAACCAGUCACGCAGCUGUGAAAAUUGAACGCCAAUAUCUGUCGUGAAAUUAAAUAAAAAAAUAAAAUGAUAUACUAUACUUUUGCACAAGUAUGUAACGUGAAGGCGGCUCCUGGUAUUUGAUGUGAUAACAUUAACAAAUCAUUCUCCGAUCUGUGAUAUAGUUGGCAGAUACAUUCCUUAAGAGGAUGUUAUAGUCAGUCUUUAUCGACAGAGGAAAGUGUCACUUUUUUUACUUAACUAUUAUCAAAGCCUACGUAGUACUGACGUGAAAAUGCUGCAGUGGCCAUAAUUCUACACGCAAUGCCGAACAAAAAUAUCGUAAAACUUUUGUUUUUCAAGAGCGAGAAUAAGGCCGGAAAAUGUAUUCCUAUAAUAAGUGGUAAUUCAAUCACAGGAAUACAUUUCUAAACACAAUUGUUGCGUAGAUAAGUAACAUUUUUACCAACCGUCGUAACAUAAAGCGUAGCGUGCGAGACUGUGCAACUGCGUUUUUCGGCAGUUUUUCUUGUCCCUUUUGCGAAUGAGGGUGUUUCUAUUGAACCUCUUAAGGCUGCUGAAGACGCAUGAUGAUGAUCACUUAGCCUUUCCCCCAUCACCGUGUGACGGUUUUAUAAUUUACAUGGUCUAUAAAGACCAACUAUAGCAUCCUCUUAACUUCCGACCCCUUCUGCGUAUUCAGCGAAUAAGGUAACUUGUGAUUGUUUCACUUUUGUGUGCAAGAUUUUUGUGAUGUAGGUUCAUUUUGGCUCUACAGCAUAAUUGGAGCAACAAAGUGGUGAAAAAUAAUCACCACUUGAUCGCAAAUACGAUUACUGCUACUGUGUUGGCAUUGAACAUACAAUUUAUAUAAAGUUUUAAGAAAAUCGUAAAUCAUUGCUGUAUUGAUCAAGUCAUUUAUGGAUAUUUAGGAUUUUGCAAUGAUGUAACUUGACAGGAUAAAAAAUAAAUGCAAGGUAUCAAAAAUCGUUCUAGCAUGGAACGAAAAUUCAAAAUUGAAUUGAAAACAACGUAAAAAAUACGAAAGGCAAAAAUAAUGUGCAACAUUUAAAAUCAUUUAACAAUGAAAAAGCUAAGCUUUAUUUUUCGAUUUCGCAACAGAAGAUAGCUAUUGAUAUCGACCAUUGCUUGGUGGUUUUUCCUGAGAUAUUUUGUGUAAAUUAUUCCAAAUUGAACAUUAUUUGAUAUUUAUAAUAUCUUAGAAAUGGUGGUGAUUUUACAUAAAUUUCUAGUUUAAUGUAUGAUCGCACUGGCCGAGACUCCCGUUCAUACGAACUUCAUACAAAAAUAUUUCCUGGUUACGAAGAUUUAAUACAAUCAGUGGGGAAAUUAUUUUGAAUGCGUAAGCUCAUAUUUCAAAUUUCAUGUUUAUAUGUAUAAUGGAGUAUUACAACUACGUAAACUCAUAAUAACGUACCUAGUAUUUCAAUGGCUGAAACAAAGUAAAGACGAAGUUAUGCUUCAGCACUGUUGAUGCUUGAUGAUUAAAGAGCCACUGGAAAUGACUGGAACAAAAUUUUUAGUAUGCAUUUUACCGGCAAUAAUUCAUGUUUACGUAAAUUUCAUUGCAGAAUAUUGCAUAGUUUCAAAGAUUCCUUAUGCAUUAUUGAAUGAUCGAUAUCCAUAGGCGUGUAGUCACCAUAAAAGUGUCACUAAAAUCGUUGCGAUCGUUAGAUUUUGCCUACAUUAAGGUGGUCCUCCUGGUACGGAGCGUAUUAAGUGGGUGCCAAACACGGAUCCUAUGUAAAAUUGUCAAUAAAUAUCUAAUUUUCAUUCAAACAACACUAAUAUGAAUGAUAAAUUUGAUAUAAAUAAUAUUGUGCUGAUUAACAAUGAAUUCCAAGAAAACAUCAUAUGGUUUGUCAUGAUUUCCGCGGUAUUACGUUCCUGAGAAAUUAGAAGUGUGGCAGCGCCGCCACUUUUUUUCGUUGUCUAAUCAUCGGCCCGUUUCUGCUCUACAUAGUACAAUGCUUUUCGAUAAUCUAUUGACUGCUUAUAUUACGAAAAGUGUAUCAACAGUUUUAUUCUUAUAUCGAUACGCAUCUUCUACAGAUUGGAUUUCUACUAUUAAUUUCAAAUCUGGCGCGACGUUGAUCAGAGCCCUUAUAUCAUAGCGACCUUGUCAAGUAUCAAUAACAGACUCACGACCAGACGCGUUCUGUAUGUAUCUUUUCCUUACUUUAUUCUUCAAUAUUUCUUAAAGAAACUGCGAUUAUCCAUAUUUUCUUCGUAAUCUAUAAAAUCCUGAUAUUUCCAAGUGAAAUUAUCGUGUAAGUCUUAAGUUGUUCAACGUGAGAAUUAUUUAACUCUCUCACGGCAACCCUACUGGAAAUUAUUGAAUGAUAAAUCGCAUAAUGUUAUGACCAAAAUUCGGAUGUAUUUUAUGAUGCAAUUUAAGAUGUGAAUAUGACUUAAUACAUAGCAAAUAACACAAUAAAUCAUGAAGUAUAGAUUGUAAAAUAAAAUACAUAACAAAUCAUAUGUCGAAUCAUGGGUUUCGCUUUAUGAUUUUUUAUGUAUUUUAUCUCAUAAUCUAUACUUUAUAAUUUAUCAUGUGAUUUGUUACGUAUUAACUGGUAUUCACAUGUUGGAUAACAAUGAUAACAAAUUAAUCAAUCUCGUGAUGAAGUAAUCUACGGUUUCUCACAGUCAGGGUGGCGACAUACCGAGUAAUUCGGAAAAACCGGGAUUAGUCAGGGAAUUACGAUGAUCCACAAAGAAAAACGUACUUUUUUUUUAUAAAUUAUUUUCAAACUUCAACUGUGCUUUUGUUGAAUUAUAUAUAUUAUUCACGGUGAUAUUAAAAUUAAUGUAAUAUUAUGUUCAUACAUAUUUGUGUGAAACGAAGUAAUACUAUGUGUUCCUCCAUUGAAAUUUAUAUAUUGAAGGUGCACAAUUUCUGGAUCUUUUUGUCGUAUAAGCCGCCCAACAUUGUACAAAUUUGGUGAAAUAAGGCCAGGGAAUGCUGAAUUUUUUGACACGGAAAGUCAGGAAAGAGUCAUGGAAUUUUAUUUGAAUAAAAUUGUCACCAGCCUGUUUGUUAUCCAGGAAUGUCACACUAAAAUAUUAUUUGCAUGUUCUGUACUCUAAUAUACCUUUAGCACUGAAUUUAUUCCUGACAUAACACCACUGCCUUGCCUGUAUCGAAUGUACAAAUUGUACCUAUCAUAAUAAAAUUAGUGAAUGUAUUCACUAUCGAUGAGUUACGCACAUAGGUAAUAUCCUGUAUUUAUGGCCACAGCUAGAGAUGACGUGCAGCUGUUUUGUAACUAUUUACUUGUAUUAAACAACUGGAGGAUUAAUAUUUUAUUGAAGAUUCUAAUAUGACUAUAUGCUACAGAGCGAUACAAUGUUAAUGGUAAUUAAUUUUGAUUCAUUGAUUUCUGUUGAAAGUCUGCUUUCAGAGUUAUGCGCACUUUUUAUUCUCUAUCCGACUAACGCAAAUAAUGCCUUAGUGAUGGCUCUGUACAUCGUAUACCUAUCAUAACCCUUUUUUGCUGAACAUUUAAAAUCAUUUUAUCAAACACACUUCAAUGUUGCUAAAAAUUCCAUUUCCUAUUAUUUGUUUUCAUGUUUUGGGCAGCUCUUAAUAUAUACUCGAUAUUUAACUUAAUGCAAACACAUUAUUAUACAUAUUAAUUAUAUAUAUUAAUGAUGAUCAGCUCCUGUAAUUAAAUUUGUAAAAUAUGUGGAUAACAUAAUGCAAUUCUAGGCAAAGGGAAAGUAUGAAUGAUAAUGAAAAUAAACAGCUUCUGGAUUACGUAAUAUAUGAAUUUUUAGAUUUAAACCCAAGACAUAGAUGCAUCCAGCAUGAUUGAGUUUUGAAUGUUAUCUGUACUCCAUAAUGCACGAAAUGAUAAAAAGCAUGACUCACUUUGAUACAUUAAUUCAGAAUUCACAGACAUGUAUACAAUUUUACCCUUACGAUUACUUCAUAUAAAAAGACUAUUUAAUAACACGUACAUUUUUGGCAACCUCGGUAAUUCUGGCAAGAAAGUCCCAAAAUUGCUGUGAUUUUGGGAAACGUAUUGUCAUCAAAAUGGCGUUUAGUUUCAAAUCCGAUUAUGCACUUCUUAACAUUUUUUGCUAUCCACUUUUCUUCUUGUACGAAAUUUAUAGAUAUAUAUAUACAG